AUGCCACCGAUUCCACCGAACAGAGGCGAGAACCUGGUGCGGCCUCGAGUGAUAUGCUAUUACCAGACGUACUUCCCCCACAAUGGAACCAACUACGUCUCUAUGCUCCCGCUGUGCACCAACUUCAGCGGCGUAUCGCAUGUAAUUCUGGCCGCGUUCCACAUCAACGAGGACGCAGAGAGCAUCACCCUGAACGAUGACUCUCCCGAUGACCCUCGCUACGAGCCUCUCUGGGAAGAAGUGUGUGUGCUGCAGGCUGCGGGCGUCAAAGUCAUGGGGAUGCUGGGAGGCGCCGCGAAGGGGAGCUUCCGGAGGCUGGACGGAAAUAUAGAGGACUACGAGCGAUACUACAUCCCCCUUCGUAACAUGAUCAGAGCCCACGGACUUGAUGGCCUCGACCUGGACGUUGAGGAGGACAUGUCUCUCGAGGGGAUCGUUCGACUUAUCGACAGUCUCAAGUCAGAUUUCGGAGACGACUUUAUCAUCACUCUUGCGCCUGUUGCGACGGCUUUGGUACGGGGUCUACGCCAUCUGUCUGGCUUCAGCUACUUUGCGCUGGAAGAACAGAGAGGAUCGAAGAUAUCUUGGUACCACGCUCAGUUUUACAACGGCUGGGGAGGGAUUGCGGAUACGGCCAUGUACGAUACGAUCAUAGCGAAUGGAUGGAGGCCCGAGAAGGUCGUUACGGGGGUCCUGUCGAAUCCAGACGAUGGGACACAGGGCUACGUUCCCUUGGAGACACUGGGCGUUGUUCUCGCGGUGCUGCUCCAGAGGUACCCUUCAUUCGGGGGGGUGUCCGGCUGGGAAUACUUCAACGCUCUUCCCGGAGGCGAGAGUCAGCCAUGGAAAUGGGCAGCCAUCAUGUCCUUGAUCUUGGGAAUGAAAUCUCUCUCCGACGUCGCGCUGGUUGGAGCAUUCUUGCAGACAGCCUUGACUGGCCGCCGGGGUACUUGA